AGAGGCGAGGAUGGUGGACCCGGCGGGGCACGGGGACGGGGUCGGGGCUCCGGGAGGAGGAGGUCCGGCAGCGGCGGCGGCGGCGGUGUCCAGCGCCCCGGUGCUGAGGCAGGAGUCGCCUCUGCUGCGCUUGGACCUGGACAACUUCAACAGCGCCGAGGCCGAGGGCAGCCGCUACGUGUUGACCAGCCCCAGGUCGCUGGAGGCUUGUGCCCGCUGCGGGGUCAAGCCGGUGGAGCUACUCCACAAGUCCAUCAACGAGUUCGCCAAGGAAGCCCCGGCCAGGUCCAUGAGGGUGGCCACUGGACUCUACGAGGUGUACGAGAAGGAGAGGCGGAGGAAGCUGAGGGACUGCAGGGAGGAACGGGAAAGGAUUAUCAGGCUGGAGAGGAGGAGGAGUUGUAAUCCGAUCAGAAACAGCCUGCCAUCCUCGCCAGCUCCCAGGACUAAAAAACCACCGGCCACUGGCCUGAGCAGGUCGAGGAGCUACUCCAUGGAGUCCUUGCAGAAGAAGAAAAAUAGCCACUCCAAUGUCACCUCGUCUGACUCAGGGGCCUCUUCCUCCUUCAGUGGUGACACUUGCAAAGGCAGGAGCCAGUGGGUGAAGGUAAGUCCCAGAGGAAGGGAGCUGACCGGGAUACCGUCCGCAAUAGGCAAGAGCCUCAGCCUUGGCGACCUGUCCCACUCGCCGCAGACCACCAAGAAGGUGGCCAAGUUGGUGAAGGAGGUGAGGAGGGGAGGGCACGGCGAAGUGUCGGAGCGAGACAGGAAGAUAGCUGCCCUCAUGCUGGCCAGGCACCAGGAGGAGGCCCUGAUGAGUGGCCAAAGCUACAGGGCACACGUGGAGUGGGAGACGCGCAGGAGGAGGGAGGCCAUGCGGAGGGAUGAGGAAGAGAGGGAGAGGCAGAGGGCUCUGCUGCAGUGCCAGAGUAUGUGGGAGUCCAGGCUGGAGGCCCGGAGAGCCAAGAUGUGCCGCGAGCAGAAGGAAGCGGCCAGGCUGAGGCUGCAGCAGACCUCGCUGCAGGAGGAGAAGUGGAGGAUGUUGGCGGAGAGCCAGGAGCAGCAACGGAGGGGCAAACUGGAGAACGCCAAGCUGGAAGCCCAGGACAAGAAGAUGCACCAGGAGGAGCAGCUCAGGACCAAGGAGGUGGCAGUGAAGAUGGACCUGGAGCUCAAAGACCAACUGCUGCGUCAGAAGCUAACCCUGGCCAAGCAGAAGAAGUCGGAGAGCGAGGAGAAGCAAGUGCAGGAGAAGAAGAUCGUCAACAUGGUGCAGAGGUUGAAGCAUGACGCAGCCUUGAAGGAGAUUGCCAAGGAGAUGGAGAUGGAGAGGAAGGUUCUGAGGAAGUCCCUUCAGCAGAAGCUGACCAAGUCUCAGGAAAACUACGAGCAACUGAUAGAGAGGAGGAACCGGGAGCUGAAGGAGAGGGCCGCCCGGGAAGAGCUGCAGAUACAGAAGGCGCGGGUGGUAGUGGAGCAGCAGGAGAAGGAGCACCAGGAGCACCUGGAGAGCCUGGCCCGGGCCGCCGAGAAGAAACUUCAGCACGCCACCCAGGUCGCCCAGGAGAAGAUCACCCAGAUCUCCCGCAAGGCCGUCCAGAUCAGGGUGGAGAAGGAGCGGAUCCACAGGAUCAACAAAACCAAGUUGGAGGAAGAUGAGGUGUACAAGCGGAGGGAGAUACAGGACUCAAUAGCCAAGAAGCUAGAGAAGAGCGAAAGGAUCUUCAGGGAGAGACAGAUUGCACUGGAGAACUCCCGCUCGCUGGCCAGAGCCUCCUUCCAAAUCCGAGAUAAGGUGCGGGGGGAAAUCAACACCAGGACUUUUGACAAGAUGGUACUGGAAGCAGAACUGCAGGCCCACCUGGACAGAAAGUAGGCUGGGCAAGACCACUUUGUGGACUUACUGGAAACUAAUCCGAACAAUGCCUUUUUUUAACAGUUUCUAUUCCAUAAGAUUCAUGAGGCUGCGUGGUGUACCUUGUGCAUAAUGCUUGAUGUUUAAAGGUGUACAGAGUACCACAGAGUAUAUGGUUGCUUUCGUUUACGCUUGCCAUUAACAGGUUGUAACUCAUUCAACUUAUUUUUCUUGGUAACUUUGGCAAGUGCAUGCAAUCUUGUGCUAUUUUUAUGGGCCAUAAGAAUAACGCAACAUUGAGUAUGGAAAGGAUGUUUGUCAUUGCACAUAAUAUGGACCAGAUCUCUUCUAACAGUUAAUUCAACGAUUCAAUUAUACUUAUUGUCUCAUGUACAGUGGUCACUAGGUACAGUGAAAUUCUUUGUUUUGCGUACAACCCAACAGGACCAACGUCUACAGCUUCUUGCUGUAACACUUUUUCAGCUUAAUAAUAAUUAUUUAAACACUGGAUUGUCAUUUCUCUGACAUAAUCUGGUUCGUUCAUACUACAGAAACACGGGAGAGUCUUUAACUGAUCUGUUUACAUCGAUUUUAAUUGAACAAAAUGAGCGCGCAACUUUUGAUGGCUCAAGUUUAGGGUGAAAGGAUGUCCUAAGUGAAUAUGGAUCGUGACACAACCCGAUCCACUGUACGGUUUAGAUCACGAGUGGACAGAGAACUACACUCAGGUACUG